AUGGAACCUGUUUGGUUCCCCCCUCUCCCUGGCUGCUACAAACUAAAUUUUGAUGGGGUUGCUAGACAGGGUCUUGCAGCAGGGGGAGGUGUCAUUAGAACCCACAAUGGGGCCCUGGUCGCUGCUUAUGAUGGGAAUCUGAAUGGCCACACUAGUAACCAAGCUGAAGCCAUGGCCUUGGCUUGGGGAAUCGAGUUUUCUCUCUCCAUGGGCAUUAGAUGUAUGUACAUAGAAGGGGACUCUAAGCUCAUCAUUGAUGUUGUCAAAGGGCAGAAUAGGCUCAAUUGGACCAUUGAAGGCCCCAUCAGGGACACUCUCAGGCUUAUUUCUAGGCUUGAAUCUUUCCGGAUUAUGCAUGUGUUUAGGGGUAACGGGGUUGUUGAUGCUCUUUUUGCCCUGGGGUUAACUAACAUUGGUCUAAGAUGUUGGAGGAGCCAUACUUCUCUACCACCUCAUGUCAACUUCCUUUUAAUGGAAGAGAGAAUUCAAACUCAAAUUGAUGAUAAAGCUCUUGUUUAG